AGUACUUCGUAGUCUUUCUUCCUACAUUCCUCCUCCGACGUCAACAACAAACCUUCUACUUCUACCUCCACGACCUCUAUUUCACCCAAUUCUUGUUGUUCUCCGCGUCCAUGAUCGAGAUCACUCUAUUUUGACGCACUGAGUUAUCCUAACGCUCAGUAGCGGUGUCCCCGAGACGUGGCAGCCUCUUACCAAGUCCUUUCUACACAGCGUCAACAUCGACCACGCUCCUAUCCCCAACACUCUUACAAUUCUCGACAGUUUAUGCACACAUAGACUCCUUCAAUACUCUUCAUAUAACAUUCGAAACAAUCAUUAUACUUGUCUAUAUCCUCAAAUAUGCCUCCAGCCCGAGCACUCAGAACCCGAGUGGCAACGAACGAGAACGAUGAGAAUGUCGGAACAACAAGACUGACCAGGGCUAAGGCCGCUGCUCUUAGCGUAGACGACCUGUCCAGCGCUGCCCAGAAGCCACUUCAAUCCAAGAAGUCAGGUCUCCAAAUCAACCAGCCUCUCCAACGCAAGCGUGCUGCACUGGGAGACGUCAGCAAUGUUACAAAGGGUGACGGAGCUGUCGAGGGAAAGAAGCCCUUGGGAAAGAGUGGCCUCGUGUCCAAGGCCGCCCAACCGACUGGCAUCCAAAAGGUGUCCCGAACCAACUCCACGAGAACCGCAUUGGGCUCGAAGGAUAACAACAAAAAAUCCACGGUUGAACUGAAGAGAACGGCCAGCGGCUCUGGAGUCCUUGGUGGUGGUGUCACGAAGAAGAGGCAAACAACCUCGAGCACAAGCUCGCUCUCAAUCAAAGAGUCCGUCACAGAAGAUGAGGAGCCUGCGAGGAAAAAGGUCCACACCAGUGUUGAAAAGCGAGUUGCUCCUGAGGUUAUGAGUGAAAACAAGGUGGAGAGUGUUCCGGUUGAGGCUAUCAAAGAGCCAGAAGCCGAACUCCCUCUCGACCUUGAUGCCGAGGAUAUUGACGACCCAUUGAUGGUCGCUGAAUACGUCCACGAGAUUUUCGACUACCUGAAGGAGCUCGAGGUUGCAACCAUGCCCAACCCAGUCUACAUGAAGCACCAGGAAGAUUUGGAAUGGAAGAUGCGUGGCAUCCUUGUCGACUGGCUGAUUGAGGUUCACACUCGUUUCCACCUUCUGCCGGAAACUCUCUUCCUUGCUGUCAACAUCCUCGAUCGUUUCUUGUCUGCCAAGGUGGUUCAGCUCGAUCGCCUCCAACUCGUUGGGGUCACGGCCAUGUUCAUCGCUUCUAAGUACGAGGAGGUCCUCUCGCCUCACGUUCAGAACUUCCGCCACGUCGCCGACGACGGAUUCACGGAAGCCGAGAUCCUCAGCGCCGAGCGCUACGUUCUGUCAGCCCUCAACUAUGACCUAAGCUACCCCAACCCAAUGAACUUCCUCAGACGUAUCUCGAAGGCCGACAACUAUGAUAUCGAGACCCGUACUUUGGGCAAGUACCUCAUGGAGAUCAGUCUCCUUGAUCACCGCUUCAUGGGCUAUCUUCCUAGCGAGAUCGCCGCUUCGUCCAUGUACUUGGCUCGCAAGAUCCUUGACAAAGGCCCUUGGGAUGUCACCCUCGCACACUACGCUGGAUACUCGGAAGAACAAAUUGAGCCAAUCUUUAUUCUUAUGGUCGACUAUCUCGCUCGCCCAGUCACACACGAGGCGUUCUUCAAGAAGUAUGCCAGCAAGAAGUUCAUGAAGGCAUCAAUCCACUCCCGCCAAUGGUCCAAGAAGCAUGCCGAAGAGCUCGGCAUCGAAAUCUCUCAACCUUUGGAUUCCGUUUCUCAAUAAACGAGAUAAUAUAAACAAUGCUUGGCAUAUUCAAACUGAGUUUUCGCUACAACUGAAAUGAACUCUUUGGAUGGAUCACGAAAGAAAAAUUACGAACGGUAGACGGAAAAACGACUCUACUCGGAUGGGGCCAGAGCAAUCCUGCUGGUUCCCAAUAUUUUGCAAUGCAAUGGUGUUUGCUUUUCGCACUGGCCUGGUUCGGUGCACCACUUAUUUCCUUCACUCAUCUGUCUGGCGUCAUGUACAUGCUCGAGGCGUGCUAGGCGUUUGGACAAUAUUGCUUUUUUGCUAUUGGUCUGCUCUACCCUUAUCUUCAUACCCGCUUCCUGGGCCUGCUGCCUCGCAAUUUAAUAGCGGCAUUGCCAGGGAAUGCCUUCUACUCUUGUUUGUGUAUCGAAAUGGGGGGGUGGGACGUUUGCAUGUUUUCGGCCUUCAUCUAUCUUCAGGCUUGGCUUGAUAGUGCUCAUAAAUGGAUCGGGGGGGCGAAAACGCGUAUAGGCUUCGAUGGAAUAGAAGAGGCUUACAAUGAAUUAACAUCAAAAUAAU